AUGUCCGACGAACGUAUAUCACCGAGCGAAAGCAACAACGAGAACGAUUCCAAUGUCGAGUACAAGGUAUUCGUAUCUGCGGAUGUCAGUCCAUCUGGAAGUGUAAAUGAAAGUACAGUCAACAGUGCAAUUCCAAGCAGACCGAGCAGUGCAGGAGGAAUCCCACCAAAAAAUCGAGGAAGGGUUCGAUUCAAUGCCACAAAUGAAGCCAAUGAUUUGGAGAACAAGAAAACGCUCCACCCAUUGAGGGAUAAGUCUGUCUCACCUCACAGAUUAUUACAACAAAUCCAAUUACCGAAAGCUGCCAAAUACACACCAUCCCAUUCGAGAAAUAGCAGUUCUAAUUCAUUGAUGGCAUUCACUCCCGAUGUGGAAAAGGACAAUCCAUUUUCGGAUUUAGCAGCCAUCAACAACAGCCCUGUUACACCACCAGUUAGCAAACCCAGACCGAGCGUACUGAGAAACAACUCGGGUCUAGGAUACAAGGCAGACUUAUCGGAUGUGGAGGAACAUAAUGAGAAGACUUUCUCUGCUUUGGCUGCUCAAAGUAGAGCUCAGAGAAUUGCUUCAUUGGUUGGAAGUAACUCCACACCAAUCUCAAGAAGAAACAGCUUCGAUGACGAUGCAGAUGAUUUUCCAUCUCCACGGCCAAGGAAUCCCAGCCGUCUCCCUGUUAGAAUCGAUGACAUUCCACUUGUUCCAAUGGAAAGCAGACCAUAUGACGGAGCAGAUAGCGAUGACGAUAUUCAGAACGAGAAGCCCAAAGAAUCAAGUUCGACCGAAGCACACAAACUCGUAAGAUCACACACUGGCAAGGCUCGAAAGGAUGCAUUCAAGAUACCUGUACCACGUCCAGGCUUGGUCUCUGGUCAGGUCACACCCGAAGAUGAGCAUGCAAUUAUGGAAGAAUAUGUUCCACGCCCUCAGCAGUUCAGAGGUGGUGUUCUCUCUUCACUUCUAAAGCUCUAUAAUGCACCUACCAAUGGAGGAAUCACGAGCUCGCCGGUCUCAAGAAGAAACAGUUUCGGUUCUGAAGGUACCCUACCAGUUUCCCUCGGAUCUUCUGGAGUAACGACUCCGAAGAAAAGUGCAAAAUGGUAUCAUCAAAAGAACCAAUCCCAAGAUACGCUCGCUGGUCUCAUGGAAGCAUCCGCAAUGUUAGCUGCACCAGCUGGAGGAACUGGUACCCCCAAAAAGAAGUCUGCGAGACCUGGAAUGGGAAAACGUACUCAUAGUGGCAGACUCAUCGAAACCGCUGCCAGACAAUUGGCUGGAAGGCCUAGAUUGGAGGACGAGAUUCGAAUCACUAUCCAUAUCGCCGAGACUCUCAGCAGACAAAAAUACCUUCUGAAACUCUGUCGAGCGUUGAUGACAUAUGGAGCACCAACACAUCGCUUGGAAGAAUACAUGAAGAUGACAGCUCGAGUUCUUGAGAUUGAUGCACAAGUUCUUUACAUGCCUGGCUGUAUGAUUAUCUCCUUUGAUGAUGCAUCGACACAUACCACUGAAGUAAAGCUUGUUAGAUCUGUUCAAGGUGUUGAUCUUGGCAAGUUAAAAGAUGUCCAUGAGAUAUACAAGGAGGUAGUGCAUGAUGUCAUUGGUGUUGAAGAAGCCACACAGCGAUUGGAUGCCAUUAUUAAAAAGAAGCUAAAGUACCAUCCUUGGUUUUUGGUUAUCGUAUAUGGAUUUGCAAGUGCUAGCGUAGCACCAUUUGCAUUCGAAGCACGUCUCAUCGACUUACCCAUCGCAUUUUUACUGGGUUGCCUUCUUGGAUUCUUGCAACUCAUCGUUGCUCCCAAAUCCGAUCUUUACGCAAAUGUCUUUGAAAUUUCCGCCGCAGUCUUGACAUCUUUCUUGGCUAGAGCUUUCGGUUCACUCCGAGGAGGUAAUCUCUUUUGUUUCUCCGCCCUUGCUCAAUCUUCCAUCGCUCUCAUCCUUCCCGGUUAUAUGGUUCUUUGUGGUUCGCUUGAGCUCCAAUCACGUUCCAUGGUCGCUGGUUCGGUACGAAUGGUGUACGCAAUCAUUUACUCUCUCUUCCUUGGAUAUGGCAUCACCAUUGGUACUGCCGUCUACGGUCUUAUGGACUCAAAUGCUACAAGCAAGACCACAUGUGACGCACCAAUGAAUCAAUACGUUCGUUGGUGUUUCGUUCCAAUAUUUACGUUAUGCCUAGCAAUUAUCAAUCAGGCCAAGUUCAAGCAAAUGCCUGUCAUGCUCGCCAUCUCGUUCUCAGGAUAUAUCGUGAAUUUCUUUUCGGCAAAGAGAUUCCCUUCCAGUGCACAGAUCUCCAAUACUCUCGGUGCUCUCGCUGUUGGUGUUCUUGGGAACCUUUAUUCGAGAGUUAGACAUGGUGUAGCGGCUGCGGCAUUAUUACCUGCCAUUUUCGUACAAGUUCCUUCUGGUCUCGCUGCGAGUGGUUCUCUCUUAGCAGGUCUGAGUUCAGCGGAUUCCCUUACGAAUAGUACGUCGUACGCGAAUGGAACUGCUAAAGUUAAUGGAACAAGUUCGGUCGCCGUCACUAAUACUGAAGAUUUGAACACGAUUGUGUUUAAUGUCGGUUAUAGUAUGAUUCAGGUUGCUAUUGGAAUUACUGUCGGUCUCUUCCUUAGUGCCUUGAUUGUUUAUCCUUUUGGGAAAAGAAGAAGUGGAUUGUUUAGUUUCUAG